AUGGCUUUCUGCAACCCUAUUAUAAUGGAAUCCCUCUCCUUCAGCCUCCUAUCCUUCAUGUUCUUCACUCUUUUCCUUACUUCUUCCAACUCCUACGCCUUGAAUUCCAUCAGCACUGAACAAGCUGAUGCUCUACUCAAAUGGAAAGCUACUCUCAACAACCAAAGUCAAUCUGUUCUUCAUUCAUGGACACUACAACUUCAUCCUAAUACCACCAAUUCCUCUCUGCAAUCUGACCCAUGGUGCAGUUGGAUUGGAAUUGCUUGCAAUCAAUGGGGAAGCAUUACUGAUAUUAACUUACCAAGUAUGGGCUUGCAAGGUAUGGUUAAUAACUUCCCUUUCCCCUCAUUUCCUUCUCUUACAAGUCUGAAUCUCACUAAUAAUACAUUUCUUGGUACUCUUCCAUCUAACAUUGCGAACCUUUCUGUUAUCAAUUACCUUGAUCUGUCCAUGAAUAUGCUCUCUGGCUUAGUUCCAUCUGAAAUCUGCUUGCUUACCAGUCUUAAAAUCUUGUAUCUUGAUCAGAAUAAUUUCAAUGGAUGGAUACCUAAUGGAAUAGGAAGAUUGAAAGAUCUUACUGUUCUGACCAUGUAUGCCAACAACCUCUCUGGUUGUAUACCUGAAUCUCUAGGUAACUUGAGCAAUCUUCAGCAGCUCUCUUUGAACCAAAACAAUCUCAUUGGUUUGAUCCCUGCCUCUUUAGGUAAAUUGAGAAACCUAACCAUUUUACUCCUCUUUGGUAAUCAAUUAUCUGGAAGGAUUCCUCUGGAAAUAGGAAAUUUGACAAGUCUAACACUCCUAAAAAUAUCCACCAAUCUGCUAACUGGAUCCAUCCCUUCCACUUUGGGAAACCUACAGAAGCUCAUCCAUUUGACCCUACUGAGAAAUCAACUUUCUGGAUCAAUCCCUGAAGAAAUAGGAAAUCUCACAAAAUUAGCUAGCUUACAUUUGGGAGAAAAUCAUCUCUCAGGUAGUUUGCCACAAGGGCUAUGCAUCAGUGGAUCACUUGAAAACUUCACAGCCUUGAACAACCAUUUGACAGGUUUUAUUCCAAAAGGCUUCAAAAACUGUACCAGCUUAUAUAGAGUUCGGCUUGAAAAUAACCAAUUCACUGCAAACUUAUCAGAAGCCUUCGGGGUUUAUGAGAAGCUGAAUUACAUUAGUUUGAGCAAUAAUCAAUUUUAUGGUGAACUUCCAUCAACCUGGGGCCAAUGCCAAAAUCUGCAAGCUCUUGUGAUGGCUGGGAAUAAUAUUACUGGUAAGAUACCUCCAGAGUUUGGGAUGUUAACUCAACUGCAUGUACUUGACCUUUCUUCAAAUCACCUGGUGGGAGAAAUUCCUAAGGAAUUUGGUGAGUUGACAUCUUUGCUAAAUCUCAGUCUGAGUGGAAACCAACUUUCUGGCAGUUUACCAUUAGAAAUUGGAAGGCUGUAUAGCCUAACAUAUCUUGACUUGUCAACAAACAGUUUGAGUGGACAAAUACCAAAAGAAAUAGGGAACUGCUCCAGCUUAUUUCAUCUGGAUUUAAGCAACAACAAAUUGAAUGAUAGCAUUCCAUUUGAAAUUGGCAAUCUGGUUUACCUUCAACUUCUAUUGGAUCUUAGUCAAAACAGGUUCAGUGGAGAGAUACUGUCUCAGUUCAAAAAUUUAGGGAAGUUGGAGAAGUUAAAUCUUUCUCACAAUCAACUCUCAGGUCCCAUUUUUUCUGCAUUUGAUGGAAUGCUUAGCUUGACAUCCAUUGAUAUAUCUUACAAUGAGUUUGAGGGUCCAAUUCCGAAGAUCAGAGCCUUUCAAAAUGCUACAGUAGAAGAUUUAAGAAACAAUACUGCACUGUGUGGUAAUGUAAGUGGUUUGCAACCGUGCAAAUCAACUUUUUCCGAAGGAGAGAAUGGAAAACCAGACCACAAAAUCCUAAUUGCUGUCUUGGUUCCAUUGUUAGGUGUGCUAUUUCUUCUAUUUGUUUUUGUUAGUAUCGCUUGUGUUGUCUACCGAAGGGAAAGAAUUAUUGAGACAGACCGAAGGACAACAACAACACAUGAUACAAAUUUAUUUUCAAUAUGGAAUUUUGAUGGAAGAAUAGUAUAUCAAGAAAUUAUUGAAGCGACAGAGGAUUUUGAUGCCAAAUAUUGCAUUGGGAUGGGAGGAUACGGAAGCGUUUAUAUAGCAAAGCUAUCAACGGAUCAAGUAGUUGCUGUCAAAAAGCUUCACCAACCAUUAGGGGAUGAGUGUGAGAAUGCCAACAUACAAACAUUUAGAAAUGAGAUUUCUGCAUUGACAAAACUGCGACAUCGAAACAUUGUGAAAUUAUAUGGUUUUUGUUCAUCUGCACAACACUCUCUUUUAGUUUAUGAGUAUUUUGGGAGAGGGAGCUUGGCUAUGAUCCUCAACAACAGUGAGCUUGCAUCGGAAAUGGAUUGGAUAAGAAGGAUUAAUGUUAUUAAAGGCGUAGCAAAUGCUUUGUCUUACAUGCACCAUGAUUGUUCACCACCGAUCAUUCACCGUGACAUAUCAAGCAACAAUGUUUUGUUGGAUGAAGAUUAUGAGGCAUGUGUAUCUGACUUUGGCACUGCUAGACUUCUAAAGCCUGACUCAUCCAAUUGGACUGAACAGGUGGGGACGUGUGGAUAUGUUGCUCCAGAGCUUGCCUACACGAUGAUGGUGACACGAAAAUGUGAUGUUUAUAGCUUUGGGGUACUAACAUUAGAAGUGCUUAUGGGAAGGCAUCCAAGUGAACUCAUCUCUACACUAUUAUCAUCGUACUUAGUUGUGCCAUCAACUGAGCAAAUGAUACUAUUAAGAGAUGCGCUGGACAAACGGCUCUCACCUCCCACGAUUGACAUGAUUGAAGAGCUCUUAUCUGUUAUGAAGCUAGCAAUCUCAUGUUUAGUUACUAAUCCACAAUCUCGGCCUGACAUGCACACUGUGUCUGAAAAACUAUUGUCUUAAAGCCAUUUUUUGUCAUGCAAGAUGCUUCCGGCUGAUGAUAUUUGAAUUUUCAAAAAGAAAUCAGGUUCUUUCAUAAUUGAAGAAUAUAUGUUUUGCUUGAUUAUUUUUCAGAUUUCCUCUGGU